AUGCCCCUCCUUCAAAUACCCAACGAAUUACUGGUCUCUAUCGCCAGGGAAUUAUGCUGCCGCAACGACAUCACAGCAUUUUUGCAGGCAAAUAAACAUCUGUACAAUCUGCUGAAGAACAUCUUCCAGAUAUACGACAUUCCCGAGCGCCACGACUCGCUUCUUUCUUGCGCCGCAAUCAGCGGGAACCCAGCGCCCGUGUCAAAUAUUCUGAAAGACAUGCUACAAGUGAACAUCAACGCUCGACCGGUUCCACAAAGGCUUAACGAUAGAUUCCAUCGCCCAACUCCCCUGACUGAAGAGGAAAAGGAAAUAUACGGAGAGCACUACUACCAAUCUACCCUGUAUCGGAUGGGGUACGAAAAGGAAGACAUCCUCGUCAUUCAAAAUGCGUUUACCGAUGCAGUAGCACAUGGUCGAAUGGAGGUUGUUCAACUGUUCAUCGCGCGAUGUGUUAACGUGAACUACCAACAUGGCAAGCGCAAUGCGCUCUAUGCUGCGGUUGCCAACGACCACCAGGAUCUCGUGGAUGUUCUACUUGCGAGAGGUGCUUUUUGCAACUCCCAGCGAUGUGCUCUCCAGCUGGCCUGCGAAAAGCAUCAAUACCGCAUGGUCCGGAGUCUACUGGGACGGGCGCUCUGCUUGGAACUCUCCGAUGUUUUGAGAUCGGCAGUGACCAGAGGAGACAGAUCUACCGUGUUCUUUUUGGAAGAAAACGGACUCGAUAUUCAAAAGCACGGCUACUGUGCCUUACAAGAGGCCAUUGAGAAAGGAGAUGUAAAUAUGGUAAAAUGGUUGGAGAAUAAAGGGGCGACUGAUCAACCCUGA